AUGGCCUCUGACGCAACAGCCGACGCACCUUCGCUCCCAUGGCGGAUCGCCUCCAAUAUGACCAUGUGGGGGGUGGCCGGGCUGUCUCGCGCAUUCUUGUCGACUUUGAACUAUUCGAAGGUCAAUGGCCUGGACGAGUUCACUGAGCUUUUGGACUCUCGACGCGACCCGUCGCAAAGGACGAAGGGCCUAAUAACAGUUUCCAACCAUAUCAGCGUCAUGGACGACCCGCUGAUCUGGGGUUUAUUGCCAACUCGCUUUUGGAACAAGCGGUGGUCUUUUGGGAGCCAUGAUAUCUGCUUCCAGGGGAGGUGGGUUUUACCGCUGUCGCUCUUCUUCACCAUGGGCCAAGUCCUCCCCACUCAUCGCCUCGCGCACUCAAAAUUCGGUGGUCUUGGUCAGCCUGCUAUGACCGAAGCCAUUCGGUUACUGUCCAAAGGACCAUUCCCAGUCGAUCACCACCCCGCCGCCCCAGAACGCCAGCAUUGGAGCCUCCAGAACGUUUGCGUUGACCCAUUCUCCGACCUAGCUGUCGCAUAUACAACAAAUGGCGAAGAUUCGCAUAUGGCACCUUCUGCAUUUGCCAAAAACUCAUAUUCGUGGGUGCACAUCUUUCCUGAGGGGAAGAUCCACCAGGCACCCAACAAAACGAUGCGCUACUUCAAGUGGGGUGUUGCGCGACUAAUCCUCGAGUCGAAAGAAUGUCCCGACGUUGUCCCGAUGUGGAUCGAGGGCUUCGACCAGAUUAUGCAUGAAAGUCGCGAAUUCCCUCGGUUCCUCCCUCGAGUCGGCAAGAAUGUCAACGUCACGUUUGGCUCUAGGGUUGACACCGAAGCAACCUUCGGCGAGGUGCGGUCUCGCUGGCAGAAAUUAAAGGCCAGGAUAGAGGCAGUCGAUCCUCAAUCGCGAGACUUACCCGUUGGAGUCUUGAGUGAGAAGCUCGUGAAUGAUAAAGAAGCAGUCGAACUGCGAAAAGAAGUUACUAUGAAAAUCCGCAACCUCGUCCUAGACGUCCGUCGAUCCCGCGGCCUGCCGGAUGAAGAUCCUAAGCAGGGUCUUGUGGAGACGUGGCUGGAGGAAGGUUCGAAGCGAGAAGGACACAUGAAGGACGACUCCUGGGUUCGGGAUGUGUGA